UGUGUUGGGUGUGUAUAACACCAUAAAUACCCCAGUCAGCUGCAAAUAGCCUUUUAUGCAAGUGCCAUUAGUGGAAUUCAUGUGUGUGUGGGAACUAAAAGAUGAAGGUCUUACUGUACGUGUGUUUUAUCUUGUUUGUUACUGAUGAAGCAACUGGCCAGACAACAGACCUUGCCUGUGGUAAUGUUAAUGACUUUGACCGAUGUUUGGAUAAUGCGGGGAUCUGUGAUGAGACAAUUAGCAGAUGUACCUGUUUCGAGGGACAACCAUUCUGUCGGUGCAACAGUCAAAAGGGUGAGUUUUACAUUGAUGAAAACUGCACUCAGGGAUGGACAGUAGUGACCUUUGCCCUGGUGGCAUCUCUUCCUGGUCUUACACUCGCUGUGCUGGUGGGGGUGAUUGUUUACGUGAUAAUGUUACCAUCAAACAAGAGCCACACAGGUGAAGGAAAGACGACACCCAAGACAGCCUCUAAAGAACAGCACUUGUUCCCUGGAAUUGCUUUUGCUUCUGAUAUUAAUGGUCGGCCUCCCCCUAACAUGAGACCUGUACAACAAGAUCAUGUUCCCAUGACAGCCAUGCCCAACCGCCCAUAUAGCAUAUCUAGUGGGAUGCGUGAUCCUAAAAUGGGAGGUCCUGCUCGGCCCUAUAAUCCAUCCAGUGGUGUGCAUCCAUCUGUUGACAGCAUGACUGAUGGACGACCCCGUGAGCCAAACAGCAUGUACACUGACAUGCGUGACCCUAUGGGAGGUCCUGUGCAGCCUUACAGCAAUGGCGCAGUUCGGGGUCAGAUUGUUAGCAACCCUUAUGCUAGAGAUUCACCCAGCAGAAACCCCUAUGAAGACCACAGCCCUUCUGCAGACCACCACAGUGAUUACACACCACAUGCCCCUUCACACACAUAUGAUGACCUGAAACCGAACCAGCCCUAUUCUCCUGCUCCACUCUAUGGUUCCUCUGAGCAUGGAAACCUCCGCAAUGGAUUUCCACGACCCCAAUUAAAUCUACGAUACUAGAACUUUUUUUAUUUUUAUUUUUACAUGCUCAUUAUUAGAAUGGAUCCAUGUUGUAAUUAUUUGAUGGGUUAAAAUAUAUUUUGUUG